UUUGCAAAUAGUCGUUGUCAAGGUGCCAUCAGCUACAAAAAAAUUUCCGUGAAUUUUCACACUCUGUUUUUUCACACCAAAAUCCUCCUGCUACUCCCAAAUUGUGACUCAGUCUUGUGCGGAAAGUGUGAUAAAUUAGAUUGUUAUCCCCGGCACUCUGUGAUCCGGGAAUUGAAAAAUGGGCAACAAAUUGGGAAAACAAGAUGAUAAGGCUGCUGACAAAGCCAAGUGUAAGGCAUGCUGUGCCUGUCCAGAGACCAAAAAAGCCCGGGAUGCUUGCAUUGUGGAGAAGGGAGAGGAGAAUUGCAAGGAUCUCAUUGAAGCACAUAAAAAAUGCAUGAGAGAUCAAGGAUUCAACAUUUAGAAGUGUUCAGGACGAGGCUUACAUGGCCAAAACUCUGUAAAUAAAUCCCUCGAGUGUAGUAUUAUGAUGCGCCAAUGACAAAAUAAACUGUUAAGCUUUUCUCUAGUCUCAG